ACAUGUAGUUUUAGUUGUCAAGUAUAUUAAGGUUUUUAGCCUGGUGUGCAAAAGCUGCAGCUCAGCCCCAGGAUGUUUAUUUCUUGAACAAGCAAAGCUGGAUGUUUACCAAUUAUGCAAAAGAUUAAAAGACAGAUGGCCUCUUUCCUCUCAAAUUUACCCAAUGCAUGGCAAAUCAAGAAUUAAAGACAAUGGUCGGGCAAUGUACACAGCAAGGUAAUCUUGCCUGAAAAUACAGCUACAGGAACAACAGUAUUUACUGUUGAAGGUGCCAUUCUUCAGGAGGGUGGCUUUAUUCGGGUCGUGAGCAUGUUUCCUUCAGAUACCGAGAACGUAUUUCAGUUCGAUACGAAAAAUAACAGGGUUGUGGUAAAGAAUGGCAGUCUGUUGAACUUUGAAGGAUUGAAUAAAGCCUACGUAAUCCGGCUAGAGCCGGUCCGAAGUAAAGUACUGAUUGAUUUAACGUUACUCAUAGAACUACAAGAUGUAAGGGAGGUGUCCGACCUUAUGCCGUGGUCGUCUUCUGGUACUUGUUGUGAUGACGUCAGAAAGAUAAUUUGGCUGACUCCCGUCUGCUCUGUUCUAGAACUUAUUGCAGUUGUGAUUUGUUCCGUCAUUGUUGUAAUAUGCUUCAUUAAAAAGGGGAACCGUACAACAGUAGAGCCUUUCAAUCCUGGAAAAUGAGGCGCGUCCUGUCAUCUUCUUUUUUUGGCCGUAUUCUAAUCAAGAACAAAGUUGCAUAGUCCAUGUAUAUUUUGAAAGAAAACUUAUCUUUAUAUGAAUUAUAUAUUGUUGUUUGUACAUGUAGCAUUAUAAACGAUAUGUCAAAUACAUGAACAUGUACAUGUAUAUGCUAUUCACGGACAGAAAAACAAAAGUAAAAUUCCUGUUUACCCUUUAUUAAUUACGGUCAUCAAAUUGUAGAAGAAACAUUUAUAUACGGUGCCAUUUUCUCGGACACCACUGGUAGCCAUGUGUUUUGUAAUUUUUUGAUAGGUGCUCGGGUCAUGGAUAAUGUAGAUAAAGACUAUAGAGGAAAAUCGAACUAUCAUUGUGACAUUAUCUUUCUCUGCAAUCAAUUUUGUUUAAUGUAUACUAGUAUGUUAUAAAUGAAUUUGAUAUA